CCUCGUCAAGUAUGCGACAACUGUCGGUUCCGCAAGGUCAAGUGCGACCGCGGCAUGCCAUGCAAGAACUGCAGCCUCGGUGAUUUGCGCUGUCAGUAUCAGCAUCAUAUUCGGCGGAGGGGGCCGAAGGAAGGCCAAGGUCGGCGACAGGCCCAACUUAGACAGGGGCUGGCUUUUGAGCAGAGUCCCUUUCGGAUUGUUUCUCCGGAAUCUCUCGGAGCUGCGACAAGUGACGAUGGACAACAGGCUGAGCAGUCACCGCUGUCGACACUAUCGCAGAGUCCCGAAGCUGUGGUGCAGCUUGAGGUGAGCGGUAAGGGAGCUUGCUUCUUGGAUGGUCCGUUAUCGAACUCUUUGACAUCAAGUCGACAGUUCUCUCUGUCGCUUGUUGCUCACAUACAGCUGUUUCUCAAACUCAUGUUUCCAAUCAUGCCCGUCAUUGAUGGAGACGAACUCCUCUCAGAUGCGACUCGACUAGACCAAUUGCCACCACCACGAUAUGCAUUGGUCCUCGCUGUUUGCGCCGCAACACGAAUGCAAUUAGGUAUUGGCAAGGCGAAAGAUGGCUACGGAAGAGGACUAGAGGAGAAUAUCCCACCGGAGCCACACCUUACUGGAGAAUCUCUACUCGCAAUCGCUGAGAAUGCGCUCCGACAAGUCAGUGUUAUCGACGAUACCAGCCUCGACUCCAUUUUGGCUUCAUUCUUUUUAUUUGCGUGCUACGAAAACCACUAUAGUAUUCGACAUGCUUGGUUCUAUCUCAACCAGAGCAUCACCCUCGCUCAAUCACUUGAUCUCACCCGCGAAGCCGGUUAUCAAGACUUAUCUCUGGCGGAUCGGGAGAAGAGGCGACGGCUAUUCUGGCUUCUAUUUGUGACAGAAAGGACAUUCGCCCUCCAACAUCGGAGAUCAGUCAUGCUACGAGGCUCCAUCACAAAACCUCAAGUGAUUAACUCGGAAUGUCCCGUAGUGAUGCACGACUUCCUCAACCACAUCCGCCUCUUUGAAUCACUGCCUUGGUCUCUCUAUGAAUGGCACCCAGAUAAUGACGAUCACCAACCAAAAGAUUUACAACUUGUACCCAGUAUUAACAACAAGCUCUGUACAGUCCAGCCGAACCAAUCGGUGAUUGAGAGUCAGCGGUUCGAUACGCUCAUCACACAGCAAUGGCUUCGAAUAUCCAUGUGGCGUCUGGCCUUUGGUAACAAACCUUCUUUAUCCUGCAAGUUUGGACUCUUGCUGCCCGUUGGUUUGCCGUUUGAUGCCGGAAAGAUCAUAUUACCGGCCCUGCGUUCCGUUGGGGUCAAGUCAAAGAACUGCCAUGGGGUUGGAAUAGAGCAAAAACUAUACGACGUGGGUAUCAGUUUGGCAGACAGCGCCCGGUUUCCCGGCUGGAGCAAUUCCUCCUUCGAAGUAGGCCCUCGAGAUUUAUUAAGCGCCGUUGUAGACGCACUCACCACAGUCCGAGGGCAGGAGUCUUAUUUCCUUCCCAAGCUGCUAAAACACUCUGAAGGACUCUUGGCA